GUCUAUCCCAUACACUUUCUUCGCAAAGCUUUAUUGCGGACCUCCAUACCGUCACGCAUUUCAUCUCAUCGCCCAAAUCACUUAAAAUCACUUGCAAGAUGGCAAGAAAUGAUCAAUCCUUUGUCCCCGAAGGACACGAUUCUUUCCUUCUCGACUUUCCUAUAAACAGUCCUCGAUACAUGGAAGCCCAACAGAUGUACGAUUCUCAACACUACAUAUCCGAUGUACCUCCUUGGCUAGAAAGUCCCGGACAGGCUGACAAUCAAUACUUGGAUGCACAACCUGUGGGCAAUGCAAACUACAACCUCGAUCAGAUCGAUCCUGCUUUGUGGCAGUAUCAGGAAGAACAGUUCCUCAACACCCAAGGAACCGCCUCCUCUGUUCAUGGUCCAGCAGAAGCGCUUAUCAUCGAUCCUCGUCUCAAAAGUAUGCCACAGCAAGACACCCUUCACAGAGAUAUGAUGCCACAGCCGCCCAACAACAGCUAUCGAGGUAUCUCAUCUAGGGAACAAGAACAGCCAGGACCAUCUCCACAACCCUUCUCGCAGGUCUUCGUGGUUCCUAUCACAGACCAAUUCCCCGGCUCCGAGACUUCCUUAGACUCAAACAGCAUGUUCUGCGAUUUCCCAGGUAUCGCCUUUCGAUCCUUCCUGCCAGAAGGCGUGAAUACUCCCAUGUCGGCUUCAAGAAAUCUGUCAGUAUCGGAUCAGGGAAGGAAAAGAAUGUUCGACCCUAAUACGGACAGACCUAUUGUCAUGCAUGGACCAACUCAACCUCAGGUUUAUGGUCCCUUCAAGAGAAAGGUACCAGGAGAAUCAGAGCACAGUUCCUCACAGUCGACGCCGUACGCUAGCUCUUUGUCGAGAUUAGCGACUCCUGAUAUGUUUUAGACCCUCGAAGCAAGUCUUACGAGGAAAUGAAUAGUUCAAGAGUGGCACAACAGUGCGAGAUCGAUUCCUACUAAGGAAAUACAACACUGCAGAUUUCUUCCACUCUUUGGCUACCAGUCGCUACGAAUGUGUCUCGGCUCCUGCUGCACCGUUCUAUGCCGGAAAAAUCAUGUUGACGAUGUCAUUAUCAGGAGUUUAUUGUGCAGCUUAACCUCUGGCAUACCCUCUUCGAUUCUCGUCCAACAAGAGGCGAAGCUUGGCAUGGACAAGAGCUACCAUAUUGGCGAAGAAGCUUCAAGAUACCAGAAUGGUGCUGUCUGCUGGAAUUGGAAAGAGAAAGGAUGCUGUUGGAAGCACAUGCAGAUUACGACUGUGGCAGAGACAGGGGUUUCACGGAUUCGAUAGGAGCUAUUGCGGUAGCGAUGGGUUGGGAUAAUUGCGAUGCAUUAUUGCCGUUAGUCUAGUCUAACUGAAUCGUCGAUAUUUUGGAUAGUGAC